AUGGGGCCCAGACAAGAACCGUCGUCUCCCCUCUCCUUUCUCCUCUUUUCCCUUUCCUCUCUUUUCUGCCUCCUCGCGCUCUCCACGACCGUUCACGCGGCUGACCCAUCCGGCUGGACUGUCUUGCCAUCCAACAACUCCCGCGAUCUGUCCUGGACCCGUUCAGUGCGAUUUCACUUGCAGAGUGCCCGGAUCCAGUUACCUGCGAACAUCACCCUCGCCCCCUUGACCCCGGCCCUGGUUAGCCUGGACAGAAGAGAACUCUCGGACUUUCACCUUAAAGGAGAGUUGGUGAAUGUCAACGCUGCCAAUUCACUACAAUUAAAUAGUAGUGAUAUCGCCUUCAUCAGCUGCGACAAGUCCGACUAUCCGGGAAACUUGGAUGCUAGCUCGACCGUUUCUAACGUCGUCACAUCUAAACAGAGAGCAUCUGCCGUUCUCCUGUAUAGCUCUGAAUUACAUCAUUGCAACUAUAGCUCCAACGAAGCCGAUGCUGCCCAGUAUCCUUACGUCUUCACCUUUCUGAAUCCGGACUUUGCCAAACAGAUCAAGACCCAGCUGAGCUCGCCCAAAGACAACUACACAUCCGAAGGCAACGCCACCGUCGGUGUAGUACCCGAUAUGUCGUUCACAAUGUCGGGGACCCCCCAGACCCAGGAUACAGGGGGCGGCUCGUCGGACAACCCGAACACGGCCAUGAUCAUCCUGUACAGCAUCACAGGUAUCAUUACAGCGCUCUUCCUGGCCAUUAUCAUUACCGGCGCUGUCCGAGCACACAGACAUCCGGAACGCUACGGACCGCGGUAUACGGCCGGACGACCGCGACAAAGUCGAGCUCGAGGGAUAGCCAGGGCGAUGUUAGAGACGAUUCCAAUUGUCAAGUUUGGCGACGGUCACGAUCCCAAGGUGGAUGCCGCCAAGGGCGACGUGGAGAUGUCCCUGGAAUCUGAGGACGGCGUGCGACAGAACCCUGAAACGCGGGAAGCGACGACAACGGCAGCCGAUGGUACGGAGGUUGCUCAAGCGCAACCCAAGGACCCGAACUCCCCGCCGGAGGCCACGAUAUCCGAGAAACGAACGGAAGGCGACGAACAACCGAAUUACUCGUGUCCCAUUUGUACUGAUGACUUCGUCAAGGGCCAAGACCUGCGCGUGCUUCCCUGCAACCAUCAAUUCCAUCCGGACUGUAUCGACCCGUGGCUGGUGAACGUGUCGGGAACCUGUCCUCUCUGCCGAAUCGACCUUCAUCCCACGCAGGCAGAGGGUGAGCACGAGGCGGGCGAAGGUGACGAGUCAACGGAAGGACCGGCGCAAGCAACCAACGAGUCGACUGCCGACGCCUCGCAUCAGCGUGGACACCACCGCCUCAGCAACUACCUCCACGGAUCACUGAAUGCGCGCCGGAUGCGCGAUGCGAGUGUGGAGGAGCGACUGGCCGCCCUUCGCAGCGUUCGAGAAGAAGCGAACCAGAACGCGCAGAAUGCCGACAAUGACGAGCAAGUGCGGCGACGUAGCCGACUCACAGCACGACUCAAGGACAAAUUCCGCAUCCGAACCCGCGCGCAUGGGGAAGACGGCGGCGAGGCAUCCCGAGGGUGA